AUGGAGCUGGCACUCUGGAUUUGUCUGGCUACGAAGGCGCAAUCGGCCAAGGAUUCCAAUUCUUCAAGGCUGGACGACUAUUCCAUCUGUUUCAUGGUACUCUUCUUGCUAUCUUCCGCCAAAUUGAGUACCUGUUAUUCCUAUGUGGGAAUUGCGCUGCGCUCAUCUCUACGAUUGGGUCUCCAUUGCAAGGUCGCCACUGACUUCAACCCCAUCGAACGAGAACUACGAAAGCGAAUAUUUUGGGUUGUCCGCAAGAUGGAUGUCUACUAUCCAAUGGAGAUUGACGGGAAUUUCAUCACCACGGAAGGAAUCAAUCAACAACCGUCUAAUUAUACACCGUUGAUGGCCGGGUGUAACGCACACACCCGCCUUUCUAACACCAUUCUGAAGGUGGUAAAAUAUAUCUACCCCGUCAAAAAUACCCAGUAUCGCUCGAAGUCAGACCAGUGCUACAUGGUCAGUCAUUCCAAGAUCCGUGAGAUCGAGCGUGAUCUUCAAAAUUGGAUGGAGGAAUUGCCUCCCGCCCUGCGACCUGGCACAGAAGUGUCACCCCAGCUAGAACUUAUCCGACAAUUACUGCAUAUCAGCUACGCACAUGUGCAGAUGGUCAUGUAUCGACCUUUCCUUCACUACGUUUCUGGUGGUUCCCAAGCGCGUGGUGUAGACAAGCGGUCGUAUGCUUGUGCAGCGGCAUGCGACGGUGUGCUGAAAGAUGCCAUGGAAGGCAAGCAUACAUUGGCCAGUUUAGCCAAGAAGAGUUUGGCUGCCGACCGGUGCUCUCAGAGCUUGAACUCCCUCUUCAAGACUUUGCCUGAGAUGCUCAAAAACCGUCAGAGCUCUAAGACUCCUGUUAACCUUAAGCGGUCAGCGCCAUUCAACCAAACGGCUGAGACUGAGCCCGUCCAGUCUUCGUUUGAGAAAACACUGCCACAUCGCUCAAGCACUUUCACUAUGCAGAAGAUGCCCCAGACUCCUGCACCCGAGGUUACGACCCGUCGCCAACAGAGUCUUGAUAAUACCCAGAUGAUGGACAAUCGGCCCAAUGAGAAUAGUAGCCGGUCGACAUGGAUCUCAACAACUCCUGAGCUGCUUACGAAAACAAUGUCUACACCAGAACAAAUUUCUUCGGCUAGCUCCAUGAACCCUUCCAUGCCCUCCAAUCAGGAGCCAUCGAGUCUUGCAUGGGCCCAGCACUUCGCCAACCUGGCUGAUCUCCCUGAUUUUAUGCCGAUUAUGUUCCCCUCUGAUGAUCCAUUCGGGUAUCCCACGCAACCCAUGUCCACCCUGGAAGAUGACCACUUCUGCCACGACCGUGGAAUGAUCCCAUCCCAAUACCCCUGCGAUGCAGCCCCACAAACAACAGGCAUGGGGACAACGACUCCCACCGAUCCCCGGGGGGCGUUGGAAUCUCUACCCCGACCUCUGACUUUACCAAUCUCCCUAAUUUCCUCGGCGGGAAUCCCUCGGCGAUUAAGUCAUCAGUGCCAAACCGUCUCCAAGCCUUCCAUUCCAGAAGCUCGUCACAACCACGUUUGGCAGGGCUACAACUUCCAACCGACCAAACCCAAUAACCCCAAGAACAUACCAACCGAAUUCGCCCCGCAGCAAGACUUCCCCAGUCCCAAUGGACACUCUAAUGCCAGCAUGGGCAUGGGCAUGGAGCUCGGGAUCUCGUUCGACGACCUCUUCGGAAACAAUGCUACCUUCCGACCUAACAAUGGGGCAUGCAAUGGGGCAUGCAAUGACGAUUGGGCUCAGUGGAUGGAUGCCAAUGUCUGA